AGAACACAUUAAUAUCAGUCAAAGAAGAAACUAUGGCUACAUCAUCGGAUUCUGAUAAUGAAAUCAUCGGAACACGGGCAAAGCUCUUUGGACAUGAAAAACCGAUUCAUCAAGUUCUUGGAGGAGGAAAAGUGGCAGAUAUGUUAUUAUGGAGGAACAGAAAUGUAUCAGCUGCACUUUUGGUUGCAAUGACGGUGAUAUGGCUUCUAUUUGAGAUCUUUGAGUACAAUUUCGUGACUCUCCUAUGUCACAUUUCCAUCACCACAAUGCUUGUACUAUUCAUAUGGUCCACUGUUGCAGAUAUAUUAAAAUGGAAAGGUCCCCAGAUCCCGGACAUAAUUUUACAGGAAUCUUUCUUCCAUGAUCUUGCUUCCAUCCUCCAUAAAAGAUUUAAUCAGUUAUUGCCAAUGCUUCUCCAUAUUUCAUCUGGAAUAGACCUCCCAUUCUUUCUUCUGAUCAUUGUUUCCCUCUAUAUUCUGUCAGUGAUUGGAAGCUACUUCAACUUUGUGAAUCUGCUAUAUAUUGGUUUCCUGUGCAUGCAAACGUUGCCAAUUGUGUAUGAACGGUAUGAGGAAGAAAUCAACAAUCUGGUCGGUGAUAUGAUAAUAGUUCUGAGGAAAAGCUAUAGGAGCUUUAACAAGAACUACCUCAACAAAAUUCCCAGAGGACCAGUGAAGCAAAAGAAAACCCGAUAAACUUUCAAUAUAUGCUGCUGUACAUAAACAGAUAUAACAUGAUGCUUUAUACAAGUUUCUUUCCAAGAAAACAAAUACCAACUAUUAAUUAAUAAUGUAAUGAUUUUAUAUUUUUCAUACAUGUCCAAAGUCCAAUUGUGUUAUUCAAAGGUAUUUUAUAUG